CUGAAGCUCAGUGCCCGCGGGCUCCCCACCCGGCGCAAGUCGGCUGUGCCCUCGGUGCGGUUCCCAGGCGCUAGCGCUCGAGCGUUCCCAGGACGCUCACCGAAGCUUCUGGGUCCCCAGAGAGGAGGAGCCGCUCAGACACGAAGCUGUAGCAAUCUCACGGCCGGCAGAGGACCGUUUCUGCCACGGACUGGGGACAAGGGCAUGCUGGGCAGCGGCAGUGACGCGGGCCUGGCCACCGCCGCGGCGCGGGGGCAGGUGGAGACGGUGCGGCAGCUCCUGGAAGCCGGCGCAGAUCCCAACGCCGUCAACCGCUUCGGGAGGCGCCCAAUCCAGGUCAUGAUGAUGGGCAGCGCCCAGGUGGCAGAGCUGCUGCUGCUCCACGGAGCGGAACCCAACUGCGCCGAUCCUGCCACUCUUACCAGACCUGUGCACGACGCAGCUCGGGAGGGCUUCCUGGACACGCUUGUGGUGCUGCACAGGGCAGGGGCGCGGCUGGAUGUGUGUGAUGCCUGGGGCCGCCUGCCUGUAGACUUGGCUGAAGAGCAGGGCCACAGUGAUAUUGCGAGGUAUCUGCACGCCGCCACCGGAGAUUGAUUCCAGGUUCCCUCAGCCUCCUGCAAGGACUUUUUUCUCCCCAGCCCCAUCUAGGAAGACUGCAAGCAUUGAAGAGGCUCAGCAGCGCACAGCCUGCAGGCCUUCCAGAACCUGAACCCUAGCCAGGAAGGAAAAGCCAAUCAGAAAUAACUUCCUACAUAUUUUCUGCAGCUGCAUCUGGCCCUAGAUCCUCAGCCUGAAGCCAAGAGGAUCACCAAGGAGAUUUAGUAUUGUAUGAAGUUCCCCCGGGGUGGGGGGCCCUAUACCUUUCAGGACUUGGUGUAAAAUAGCAAGGGAAAUCCUUGAAUCUCCACAAGAACCUGCUGCAGCGGGGAACUGGAGACAGCUUGACAUUUGUUGGACAUUUGGUGGGAGCAGUCAGUACCUUCCCCUGUGAACUCAAAAUGCAGAUGGUCCACAGAUUAGAGGGAAAACCUGGAGCGCAGAUGAGGCACUGAAGUGGUUUUGUGCACUGUCCUGUGUGGGGAUUCACCUGCAAAAUGGCAUUCAUAGAAACUGAGGAGUCGCCUCCAGCUCCACAAGAAAAAUUGUGAAAUUGAAGGCAACAGAUCUCCGCUAAACUGUGACCCACAGCUGCCUUGAGGCCUGGGUCCUGACAUACUCAGCAGACUAAGGCCCAACAGGGAAUAGUAGUGUGCAGCAGUUUAUGCAAAAUAGUUUAAGAACCGCUUUAGAAAUGUCCUACUUUUGAAUUGCUCUUUAGUAACAGUGUAUUUAAUGAGGAAAACUUUUAACAGUAUAACUUCUGCUCCUCUGCAGAGGUGAGACUAUAGUGCAACUUGGUUUUGUUUGGUUGUUUUGUUUUGUUUUUGGUUGGUUGGUUGGUUGGUUAGUUGGGUUUUUUCCCAUUCUUUCCUUCUCUUUCAAGGCAGUGCUUUCCUCUGUGCCUAAAGCUAACCUCAAGUCAGACAAUGCCUGCCUUAGUCUCCUACGUACUAAACUCACAGCCUGUACCCCUCCUGAAAUACAGCUUCUCCUGAAACUGUAACGCCCGCACACUCCUAGAGGCAAAGACACCUUGCUUCUGUCUUUAAGCUGUUUCUCUGUUCAGUGUUCCUGUAUAAUGUCUCAGGGGGACUAUUCUAGGUUUCCUGUUGGAUGACAGGUCUGCUUAUCUAGUUGGUUACCUAGGGCUACUUCCCAAAGGUUACUAAAAAGGAGAUUGAAUAUGAACAUACUGAAAUCAAAUGAUGACUUAUGGGCUGUAUUUCUGCCUACUGAACAAAAUGUGGAUGCACUCUGGGGGCUUCCAGCGUGGCUUGGCUCAUUUUGCAUUGAAACAAUUGAUACAUCAUUGUUUUAAUAAAAAAUAAACAGGAUAGGUAGACUCCAAGAUAUGGAAGAUUUGGCAUUAAAGUGUAUUUUCAGGGUGGACAGCUGGCUCAGUUCAGUUCCAAGAAUAUAUAACAUAAUCACUUAUACCUCCAGUUUCCAGGAGGAUUAAAACCUCUGCCACUAGAGAAACCUGUAUUCUUGACACUUGUGCAUACACACCCCAACACACACACACACACACACACACAAUUAAAAAAAAAAAAACUGGAACCUGGAAGGAUCUCCAUGGUUAAGAGCCUCUGCUGUUCUCCAGAGUUUGGUUCCCAGCCACGGUAACAGGUCCAGGAUAUUAUGACCUCUGCAGACACCUAUCCAUGGCAUACACUUAUAUUUUCACACAGAUAUUUUAAAAGUUCAUGUAUUAUCAUGCAUUUACCACAAAAUUCCAAAUAUUAAAAGAUUCAAAUGUU